GCGGCUGACCCUGCACCCGCGGUGUCGCAGGCGGCGGGGAGCGGAGGCGCGACCUCGCGCCGAGACUUCUACUGGCUGCGUUCCUUCCUGGCCGGAGGUAUUGCUGGGUGCUGUGCUAAAACCACAGUUGCUCCUUUGGAUCGAGUAAAGGUUUUAUUACAAGCUCACAACCACCAUUACAAACAUUUAGGGGUACUUUCUACGCUGCGUGCCGUUCCCCAAAAAGAAGGAUACCUUGGACUGUAUAAAGGAAAUGGUGCAAUGAUGAUUCGAAUCUUUCCCUAUGGUGCAAUCCAGUUCAUGGCGUUUGAGCAUUACAAAACGUUCAUUACUACAAAGCUGGGAGUUUCUGGUCAUGUACACAGAUUAAUGGCUGGAUCCAUGGCAGGCAUGACAGCGGUCAUCUGUACUUACCCUCUUGAUGUCGUUAGGGUGCGUCUAGCCUUCCAGGUGAAAGGAGAGCACACCUAUUCAGGGAUCAUUCAUGCAUUCAAGACAAUUUAUGCCAAGGAAGGUGGUUUCCUUGGGUUCUACAGAGGUCUGAUGCCUACUAUAUUAGGAAUGGCUCCAUAUGCAGGUGUUUCCUUUUUCACCUUUGGGACCUUGAAGAGCGUCGGGCUCUCCUAUGCCCCCACCCUGCUUGGCCGACCUUCGUCUGACAACCCCAAUGUCUUAGUUCUGAAAACUCACAUCAACCUUCUCUGUGGCGGUGUUGCCGGAGCCAUCGCACAGACGAUAUCCUACCCAUUUGAUGUGACCCGUCGGAGAAUGCAGUUAGGGGCAGUCCUACCGGAGUUUGAAAAGUGCCUUACCAUGCGGGAGACCAUGAAGUAUGUCUACGGACACCAUGGGAUUAGGAAAGGACUGUAUCGCGGCUUAUCUCUGAACUACAUCCGCUGCAUUCCCUCUCAAGCUGUGGCUUUCACGACGUAUGAAAUUAUGAAACAAUUUUUCCACCUUAACUAAAAGAAAAAAAUUAUGAUUUGUGAUGGUUUUCCUCUGUAAAUCCUUAGAGGAAAUAUAUAUAUGUUACCUUAAUUGUGAGGAAAAUGUUACUUGAAGGGGAUGUUUGCCUUGUCACAGGAACCACUGGGAUUUUAAUACUUGAUUUCUGUAUGUUUUUAAGUCAUGGAUCAAAAGUGUUUAGCAGAAUUUUUUGUUUUCCCUUUGAUGGGAUCUAGACAUGUAACUCUUGGCUGGCUUGGAACUCACGGUGGAGACCAGGUUGACCUCAAUCUCACGGCAAUCCUCUUGCCUCUGCCUCCCAAGUAUGAGAUUCCAGGCAUGUGCCACCAUGCCUGCUCUAAUGUACUUUUUAAUGCCAGACAUUAUACCUUA